ACUCCUGCAACACUGACAAACUGAGAAGCAAGAACUUUAUUCACAACGCUGCUGUUUAUUACAGUAAAGCCUUCACGCAAAAGACAACCAGGUCAUGGAGAUUCUUCAGUCUGCUGUCAUUUUUCUGCUGGUCUUCAGUGUCUCUUUCACAGCUGCCGAGGUGCCAGCAGAUGUAGAUCAACGUUAUCAAAAAUUCCUCAGGCAGCAUGUGGAUGCUGAUAUUAGUGUGCAAAAGUGUGACCGCGCAAUGAGCAGAAGAAAGAUCACUGCCGGAACUGGAAACGACUGCAAAGAAGUCAACACCUUCAUACAAGCGAAUAAAGACCGUAUUACCACCGUUUGUGGCGAUGCAGGAACUCCAGUGAACAACCUGUUUAAGAGCAAUCAGCCUUUUCCUGUGGUCACGUGUAAAUUAAAAAGUGGGAAUAGACGCCCGAAUUGUCAAUACCGUGGUACAAGCAGCACUCGUUAUAUUGUUUUGGGUUGUGAUAAAGGGUGGCCUGUACAUUAUGAUGAAGGCAUCAUUGAUGUAAACAGGUCAGGCUAAAUAGAGCUUCUCAAAGCUUUUAAAAUGCAUUGUAAAUCAUUUCCUCACUUAUUUUUCAGUUUUUCUUUUCUCCAAGUGUAACUGUAGGGAACCUUUAUAAAACUGUUUUACUCA